CGCGAAGAUAAGAGUUUCCCCGAAACCCUCUCGCUCUCUCUCUCUUCCUCCUUUCCCUGCUUCCGGUCGCCCCAUUCUUUGACCCAGCUCUCCUUUCAAUCUCGCCGGAGGAGGAAGAGAGACGAGAAGCAGCUACGCCUUGGAGAGGAUCCUGGAGGAUACGACCAUGGAUGAGAUCGCCGACCACCCUGGUCUAACUGCGGUGGCUCGCAGGCUCGAAGACGAGGAGGACGAGGGGGACGUCUGCAGGAUCUGUCGGAAUCCAGGCGACGCGGAUAAUCCUCUUCGAUACCCUUGUGCUUGCAGUGGAAGCAUCAAGUUUGUCCACCAGGAUUGCCUUCUCCAGUGGCUUAAUCACAGCAACGCUCGCCAGUGCGAGGUGUGCAAGCAUGUAUUUUCCUUCUCCCCGCUUUAUGCUGAAAAUGCUCCUGCUAGACUACCCUUUCGAGAGUUUGUCAUUGGGAUGGCAAUGAAAGCAUGCCAUGUUCUUCAAUUCUUUCUACGACUUGCUUUUGUUCUUUCAGUCUGGCUUCUCAUAAUACCUUUCAUUACAUUUUGGAUAUGGCGCAUGACAUUUGUAAGGAGUUUUGGUGAAGCUCAGAGGCUUUUCUUGAGUCACUUAUCUGCUCCCUUGAUUCUUACGGAUUGUCUACAUGGGUUUUUACUCUCUGCUAGCAUUGUAUUCAUCUUUCUUGGUGCAACUUCACUUCGAGAUUAUUUCAGACAUCUUCGAGAACUUGGGGGACAUGAUGCAGAUGAUGAAGGGCAAGAAAGGCAGGGUGCUCGUGCUGCUAGGAGAGCUGCAAAUAGGCCCCAGGCUGUUGAGGGAAAUGCUGAAGAUGGAGUUGGAGCUCCAGGGAUUGUAGGAGCAGGGCAAAUAAUUAGAAGAAAUGCAGAAAAUGUUGCUGCCCGCCUGGAAAUGCAAGCAGCACGUCUUGAAGCACAUGUGGAGCAGAUGUUUGAUGGACUUGAUGAUGCAGAUGGUGCAGAAGAUGUACCUUUUGAUGAACUUGUUGGUAUGCAAGGGCCUGUCUUCCAUUUAGUUGAAAAUGCAAUAACUGUUCUAGCAAGCAAUGCUAUUUUUCUCGGAGUUGUAAUUUUCAUCCCCUUCUCACUUGGGAGGAUUGUUCUUUACUAUCUCUCUUGGCUUUUUUCUUCUCCAUCAAGUCCAAUAUUUACAGCCAUGCCAGUCACCGAGUCAGCCCUGUCUUUGGCUAACAUUACCUUAAAGAAUGCUCUUGCGACAGCGAAUAACUUAUCUGAAAACAGUGAUGAUGGUGUUCUUAGCCAAGUGAUUGAGGCCGUUGUUGGCUCCUCAAAAUUCAAUGCAACUGGAAUUAAUGAGGUCCCAAACAGCAUCAACAAUUCCAUUUUACUGAAUGGGACAGGCUCAUCUCGUCUUUCUGAUGUUACUACUCUUGCAGUUGGGUAUAUGGUCAUAUUCUGUCUAGUCUUCUUUUAUCUUGGGCUUUUUACUUUAAUUCGAUAUACCCGAGGUGAGCGUUUGACCAUUGGAAGGCUUUAUGGAAUUGCCUCGAUAGCAGAUGCAAUUCCUUCUCUCUUUAGACAAUUUUUAUCAGGAAUGAGACAUCUGAUGACUAUGGUCAAGGUUGCUUUUCUUUUGGUGAUUGAGCUCGGUGUCUUUCCUUUGAUGUGUGGAUGGUGGCUUGAUGUUUGCACUUUAAGGAUGCUUGGAGGAACAUUUGCUAAAAGAGUUGAAUUCUUUUCACACUCUCCAUUGACAAGCUCCUCAAUUCAUUGGCUUGUUGGGAUAAUUUAUAUGUUACAAAUAAGUGUCUUUGUUAGUCUUCUCCGUGGGGUAUUGAGAAAUGGGGUUUUAUAUUUCCUACGAGACCCAGCAGAUCCAAAUUAUAAUCCAUUCCGGGAUCUAAUUGAUGAUCCAGUUCAUAAACAUGCUCGACGAGUAUUGUUAUCUGUUGCUGUUUAUGGUAGCUUGAUUGUGAUGCUUGUGUUUCUACCCGUUAAUCUUGCAAUGCGCUUGGCUCCUUCCAUUUUUCCACUUGACAUUACUAUCUUUGAUCCAUUUACAGAGAUUCCUGCAGAUGUACUUCUGUUUCAAAUCUGUAUCCCCUUCGCAAUUGAACAUUUCAGGCCACGUGCUACCAUCAAAGCCCUUUUACGCAGAUGGUUUACGGCAGUUGGCUGGGCUCUUGGCUUAACUGAUUUCUUGCUCCCAAGACCUGAGGAAAAUGGCCGGCAGGAAAAUGGUAAUGUUGAAGUACUAAGGAGAGAGAGAUUGCAUGAUGCACACCAAGCUUUGGGGCCACAUCGUCAGCCUUUGGGACAUCUAAUUGCUGCUGAAGAUCAUGAUAGACGGGGUCAUGCUAUUGUCCAUACUGAUGUUGAUGAAGAGUCGGAUGUUGACGAUCAAGCUGAUUCAGAAUAUGGCUUUGUACUUCGCAUUGUGUUAUUGCUGGUCUUGGCAUGGAUGACUCUUCUGCUUUUUAAUGCAACAGUUAUUGUUGUACCCAUUUCACUUGGACGUGCAAUAUUUAAUGCAGUUCCUCGUCUCCCUUUCACUCAUGGUAUCAAGUGUAAUGAUCUCUUUGCUUUCAGUAUUGGUUGUUAUCUCAUCUGGACCAUUAUGGCUGGAACCAGCUAUUCAGCUGAUUAUAUUAGAACCCGGCGGGCCAGUCAUCUUAUUUCGCAAAUUUGGAAAUGGUGUUCCAUUAUUUUGAAAAGCUCAGCCCUUCUUUCUAUAUGGAUCGUUGUCAUUCCUGUUCUGAUUGGUCUGCUUUUUGAGUUGCUGGUGAUUGUGCCAAUGAGAGUUCCUGUGGAUGAAAGCCCAGUUUUCCUUCUGUAUCAGGAUUGGGCUCUUGGUUUGAUAUUUCUGAAGAUCUGGACAAGAUUGGUUAUGCUGGAUCAGAUGGCACCAUUGGUGGAUGAGAGCUGGCGGGAGAAGUUUGAAAGAGUGAGAGAAGAUGGAUUCUCAGGAUUGAGAGGCUUUUGGAUUCUUCGCGAGAUUGUGAUCCCCAUCAUCACCAAGCUACUGACUGCACUUUGUGUUCCCUACGUCUUUGCAAAGGGUGUGUUCCCCAUUCUUGGCUAUCCACUGAUAGUGAAUUCUACCGUAUAUCGGUUUGCUUGGCUGGGUUGCUUGCUCUUCAGUAUGCUCUACUUCUGUGCCAAAAGAUUCCAUGUUUGGUUCAUGAACCUCCACAAUGCCAUUCGUGAUGAUCGCUAUUUGAUUGGACGAAGAUUGCACGACUUUGGGGAUAAUGCAUUUCAGUCGAGGGGUAAUGAAUUCUCGGACUCGCCUGAAAUGGAGUUAGUUCGUGAUCGUGGAGUCGAUAUUGGAUUGAGGUUGCGACAUGCUAAUCAACGUGCGAACCUGUAAGGCAAGCUCUGUAGAUUUGAAUGCACUCUUGUAAGUUUUUUUAUUGGAGCUGCUAUUUGCAUUAGUUCAUAAUAUUUUGCUGUAUAUUUUAGCAGUAGAGGUGGCAUGUUUUAUGUUAUGUAAACAAGUUCACAGCAGUUUGACUUCUGGCUUGUGAUACAUGUAAACGUCGGUAGUGUUUUGCACCUUCAUGAGAGUAUUUGAAACGGUAUUCUCAUGAGAUUCAUUGUGCUCCAACCCGUUAAUACACCAAAAAUUUAUGCUCUAAUGUUGAUAGAAAGUUCAUUUUAAAUACA